UUUAGUUUUGAUCUCAACUGAAGUCAGUCGGUUGAUACAGAGUUCAGUCGACCGGCAUCAAGUUCGGUUAUUUCACUUAUUUCACGUUCCAGAAUUUGAACAGUUCAUUUCACAAUGGCGUACAUAGUAGAUAUGCGUUCGGACACCGUAACAAAGCCUACCAAGGCGAUGAAACAUGCUAUGGUGAAUUCUGCUUUGGGAGAUGAUGUUUUUGGAGAGGACCCAACGGUCAACGCCUUAGAAAGUAAGAUAGCGGCUUUGAUGGGGAAGCCUGCAGCGUUGUUUGUGCCUUCUGGUACCAUGUCCAAUUUGAUUGCGAUCAUGGUGCAUUGCAAUAAGCGAGGCACAGAAGUCAUUGUUGGAGACAAGGCACACAUUUACAAAUAUGAACAAGGCGGUGCAGCACACGUCGGCGGCUGCCUGUUAUCCACAAUGGAGAACAAUCCCGACGGCACCUUCGACCUGGAGAAGAUGGAGAAGCGCAUCCGAGGCACCGACAUACACGAGCCAAUCACAUCGCUCGUCUGCAUUGAGAACACGCAUAACGUUUGUGGCGGGAAGGUGCUGCCCAUGAAAUGGCUUGAUGAGCUGUCUGUCAUCUGCAAGAAACAUUCAUUACCUAUACAUGUGGAUGGAGCCCGCAUCUUCAACGCGGCAGCAUACCUGAACGUCCCCGUGAAAGAAGUAGUCAAGCACUGCGACAGCAUAUCCGUGUGUUUCAGCAAAGGCUUGAGCUGUCCGGUCGGCUCAGCGCUAGUGGGCUCCGUACAUUUCAUUGAACAAGCGCGACGCGUCCGAAAAAUGUUAGGAGGCGGCAUGCGACAAGCCGGAGUGUUGGCGGCGUGUGCACUCGUGGCGCUCGAUGAAAUUGUUCCGCAACUGGAGCUGGAUCACAAACGCGCCAACAGAAUGGCUAAAGUAAUCGAAGGCAUGUUUCUCAAAUGUUUCACCGUGGACGUCCAGAACCAACACACCAACAUAGUUCUCGUGCGACUCACACCAAAAUGUCCCGUCGGAGCGGGAAGGGUCGUACAGAGGUUAGCGCAAGUUUCGCUGCAGGAGACUCAGGGCGACUGCAAAACCGCGAACGACGAAGGCGUGAUACUGAAAAGCAUCAUCUUCGACGACCAAACUAUUCGCUUUACACUCCACAACGGAAUAACAGAUGAGGACCUGUGGCUAGCCAUCAUGAAGAUCACAUACGUGUUCAAGGAGAUUGAGGCGGAGGCGGGGAAGGCUACUAAAAUUUAGAACGUUUACCUAUGGGCCAAGCAAUAAGAAGGUAUAGAGGGAAAUGCUAGGAUCACAAUUUUUGACUCCGUAACUUUAUUCGGACUAGUUAGGAGGUGAACAUAUCAAAAGUCCCCGGCCAUAGCCCCGGUGCUGGGUGGUAGACGGGGGUAAGAAGGUCAAAUUUUUCGGUUUUUCACUUAUAUCUUGGAAACUUUGCGUCCCCCCAGCACCGAGGCUACGACCGGGGACUUUUGAUAUGUUCACCUCCUAACCUAACUAGUCCAAACAAAGUUACCGAGUCAAAAAUUGUGUUCCAAGCAUUUCCCUCUACAACUUGCAUUCAUUUCGUGACCUACUAUGGACAAAGAGAAUAAAUAGUAUAGAGGGGUCCUGUAAUAGUAAAUUUGUCUGUCAUUUGUCUCAUGUCUUUGCUAUGGACAGUUGCGGAUUUGUAGUCUUUGCCGCCCUAGGCCACAGGCCCUGUAGCCGCCCCUUUCUCAGCACCGAUCAUAUUUACUACAUUUUUAAUUAUUUCUUGUUAUCAUCAGCGAAUUUUUGACACAAUUUGCCGCCCAUAAAUAAAAACCUUGGUUCUUCCAAUAAUUGGUUCUUUCUCUCUUUCUAAAUCUUAUAGAACAAAACUAGAGACUGGUAAAACCCCAUUGAUAUAAUGCAUGACUACCUAGGAUCACAAUAAAAAUAAAAACAUUUUUUGUCAUAACUCAUUAUCAAUCGGCGAACUCAUUAAUGUCAAAUACGGCGCAGGUAUAGCGAUAGCAAUACAAAAUUUGGUUCUAUACAACAGGGGUCUCCAAACUUUUUAACCUGACGCCAUAUUGCGCCUCAGAAACCUUGGCGCGGCGCGCCACCGUCGGGGCGCCGGGGAGGGGGGAUGUGUCUGGUUGCUGCUGUUAGCGCCGAACCCCUGGAGCCUGCCUCCCGCGGGCCGGACGCUAACGCGUCGCGGGCAGGGGUUUGGAGACCCCUGCUAUACAAGAAAAUGGUUUGGUAACGGAUUUGAUGCAACCGACUUUUGCGGACCAGUAACGUCUAGGUUUUUGCUGUUAACCUUUUACCAGGCUGACAAUUCAAAAAUGAUCAUCGAAUUACAGUCUUGCAUCGAAAAUAGAACACAUGUGGGAAAUAUAUAUCCCUUAGCCUGGUAAAGGGUUAAUGCGUCUUGCAAUUGGAAUCUCUUGCAAUAUUGGUUUAUAGUACAAACCAACACAUUGACUAGUAUUUGUAAACCUUAAAACUCGACUAAGAUUGCGUUUUCAAUAUGCUUUGCAAAAAUACCAAAGCAUUUAAAAAGCAAGCAAGUAAGUUUAACCAUAUUUAACGGGUUAGCACUGAUUGACUAGCACGAUAUCUUUUUGCGGAUUAGCAAAGUAAUAUUUUGGUAUUCAUUAAAUACUAAAGCAUUUAUUUCGGAUUAUGUUAGGCGAUAUAUUUCUUUUAUGUUAAACAAUAAUAAUUGGUUAGAUUAUAUAUGAAGGUUAAUUCGCCAGUAACUGGCCGGUUUUAGUAACUGGCCGCCCUAAACUAAAAAUGAAUUGUAUUCACCUAUAAACAGAAUUUAUUUUAGUAUAAGGCGGCUAGUUAUUGAAGGCUGGCCAGUUAUUGAAACCUUAUACUAAAAUAAACUCUGUUUAUAGGUAAAUAGAAUUCAUUUGGUGGCCAAUUACUAACAGUGGCCAGUUACGGGCGAAUUACCCUAGUUAAUUAUUAAUUACGCUCGAAAAAAAUACUAGUAACAUUGUGGCAGACAAUU